UUAAAACUCAUUUGCAUUUCGAGAAAUACGGAUCGUUGGAAAAAUAACGGAAGAAAGUGUUUGACGAGAAAAAAAAUAAAAAAAAGGAUUUUCCGUGGGAAAACAAUUAAACUUUUAAUAAAUAAAACAUAAAACAAACAAACAAAAAAACAUAAUAAAUGUCUUAAGAUGUGGAAAAUAAUAACAAUAUUUAUGUGUAUAUUUUACACAAAUUUUGUGCAAGCGACUUAUAAUACAGGAAUUAAAACCAGAGUUUAUGAACAGCAACCGAUAACUCAUGUCUAUCAUCAUCAUCAUCAACAACAAAACCAACAAUAUACACCAACACAUGGACAUUAUCAUCAACACAGUGCCAGUGGCAGCGGCGGCAAUAAUGACAGAGAUUAUCAGCCCUCAAUAACACAUCAUUAUGCGCACAAUGAUAAUUCGUAUCAGCAACAACAACGUGAAGGUGGCUAUUAUCAGCAAACACCAACAGCGGUACACCAGCAGACUCGUCACCAACACCAACAACAUUAUACACAACCCCUGUCCCAGCACCAGCCCCAACAGCAGCAGCAGCACCAACAACCCCAGUCACCACAACCCAUUUACGAUCGUAGAGGGAAUACUCCCUUACAAACGUCGGGAAAUUGGCAAAAUUCUGAAAAUUCUGUUACCGAAUAUUAUACUGGAUGUCCAUCGGGACAUACGGGUCAAUUGCCGUAUGCUUAUGAUUGUCGACGCUUUUUAAAUUGUUGGCAUGGUAGAGGUCAUAUACAAACCUGUUCGGUUGGCACUGUUUUCAAUCCGGAGACAUUGGAAUGCGAUCGUCCCGAUAAGGUGAAGUGUGAAGCAGCCUUGGGUGUUUUAGGUGUUCAAUCUGGGGUAGCAUCAGCAUCUCCCAGCCAUGGCAGCUUAAAGCAACCAGCUCAACCUAAUUAUAGAGCUGGUCGUUAUACUGGCACCACCAACGACAAUGUUGAGGUUUUAUGUCCUACCGGUGCUGAGGGUUUGCAGCCACAUCCAUCGGAUUGUACACGUUUCAUAAACUGUGCCCAUGGCAAAAUGCAUAUACAACAAUGUGGACCCGGCACUGCUUACAGUAUACCCAUGAAAGUGUGUGAUUUUAAGCACAAAGUUGAUUGUUCAGGCAGAGAAGGAGAACAGGGAGCUCCAUCCUACAGACAAGAAAAAUUAGCUAAAAAUGAAAUAACCUGUCCCCCAAAUGCUGCUGGUUUGUAUUCCCAUCCCCAUGAUUGUACAAAAUUUUUACAGUGCUCUAAUGGCGCCACUUAUAUACAAGAUUGUGGCCCCGGUACUGCUUUCGAUAGUGCACGUUUGCUUUGUGAUUAUAAACACAAGGUCAAAUGUUGUUCGGGCUGUACUUGGCCUGACACUGAAACAGAAUCGACAGUUGUUUCAAGUGAAAAUAGUCACACCCAAGCCAAACCACCACCAUCAUCUACUCCUACAAAUAAUCAGCAACAUGAAGAUUUGCCUCACACCGCUGACAUUUUAUGUCCAGGCGGUAUUACGGGACUCUUUCCAUAUCCCUUUGACUAUACGAAAUUUAUUAAUUGUAAAAAUGGCAAUACGGCCAUACAGAAUUGUGUGUCCGGUACAGCGUUUAGUAUAUCGAAAGGUUAUUGUGAAUCCCUGGAUGAUAUACAACAAAGUGAUCAUGUUAUUUAUAUUGUGUCGCAAGUUAGUUAUGAAUAUUCUCAAACACUUAUAACUUGUCCACCCGGUACAGAGGGCCUGCAUUUGUAUCCCUUUAAUGCAGAGUUAUUUGUUAAAUGUAUAAAAAGUCAAAUGAAAAUUGAACCCUGCAGCAGAGCCCAGGUAUUUAGUAUAACCAGACGCACAUGUCAGCCCUCGGCACAAGUGUUGAAACACGAACGUGUUCGUUUGUUAAGUGAGCUACAAACGACCAAUAAUCUUGCUGUAACCGAUGAGCAUUAUAGUAUGCAGAAUAUGGUUUAUUGUCCUGGUGGCUUAACGGGCAUUUAUCCUCAUCCUUUUGAUUCGACGAAAUAUUUGAAAUGUGUUCGGGGACGUUUGUUUAGUGAAUCGUGUUCUUCGGGUGAAGCUUUUAGUUUGUCUCGCAAGGUUUGUGGCUUAAAAGAGGAACUUAAUGCUGACGAUCAUGUGCCUUUAGCUAAGACUUCUAAUAGCCAGGAGUGGAGAAUAUCUGAUAUGGAAAUAACACAUGGCUCUGUCGAUGGCAUGACUUAUUUAAUGUGUCCCCCCGGUUUGGAUGGCUACUUUUUGAAUCCCUUUGAUUGUACCAAGUAUAUCGAGUGUUCUCGAGGUGCAACGGUGGUUGACAAUUGUUUAAAUGGUGCUGUUUUUAGUAUAUCUCGCCAGGAGUGCAUUCCUAGAGAUAAAGUGGAGGCAUACGAUCGGGUAGAGUAUUUGACAACGACCAAAAAUGAGUUUUCAAAUGAAUCUGUUGAUCAGUACAAUCAUGAUCUAGGAGUCAGCUGCCAACCGGGAACUUUUGGUAUUUAUCCACAUCCUCAUGAUUGUCACAAAUACAUACGCUGUGCCAAUGGACGUAUAUCAUUGGAAAAUUGUCCAGCCGGUCAAGUGUUUAGUGUGACAAGAAGUUUUUGUCAUAAUGAAAAUGAGGUUGAUCAUGGAGAUCGUAGUUCCUAUAAUAGAGACGUAAGUCAAAAUCAUUAUACAGGAUCAGCAACAACAACGACUACUACAAAUACAGCUUAUCAACCAGGAUCCUAUGAACCCUUUAACACACCACAGUCUCAUUUAAGUGCACCACCUUCUACGGCCAUGAUUCCACCAUCUGCUGUUUUAAGUCCUCCUCUACCAUCAGCUCCCAAUGCUCCAAAAACUAAUGAUGUAAGUUGUCCUCCUGGGGCAAGUGGUCGUUUGCCACAUCCUUAUGAUUGCACAAAAUUUUUAAUGUGUUCCAAUGGCGAGACUCAUGUACAAGACUGUGGUCCUGGUACAGCUUGGAAUAAGGCCAUGGAAGUGUGUGAUUUUAAGGAUAAAGUUGACUGUUCCCAGAACACAGUGAGUAGCAGUGCUAGUUCUAGCACAAUUACCACAAAUACGCUAAAUUCUCAAUCAUCUCAAUUCCUUUGUCCCGUUGGUGUGGAAGGACUCUAUCAGCAUCCCUAUGACUGGCAUAAAUAUUUGGUUUGUGAUCAUGGUCAAACCACUGAAAUGGAUUGUGCCCCUGGCACUGUUUUUAGUCUGACGCGUAAAAUAUGCGAUUUCGAAGCAAAUGUUUUGAAUACGGAUCGUUGUAAUAAUGGAGUUUAUAGCAGUGAUUAUGAUUAUACUUAUAGUCAGAGCCAUAAUAAUCGCCCUGUAAAUCCCCAAUGGUCUAACUCGGGCACAACUCAGACCCAGCCUGCUACUGUCCAUACGCAAGUUACCGGAAAUCGUUGGACCAACAUGAAUGUACCCCGUCCCCAGGGCUCUACAUAUGAUCAAACCUCUACUUGGCAGCAUACAGCUAAUACUCAUCAUCAAAAUCAUCCAGCUAGACCUGAUGUGACACCCGUUUGGUCUGGCACAGGAGUGCAUGUGGACCAGCAUAAACCCUCGCACACCAUCAUCUACGAGGAGGGAUCUUUUGAACCGAAUCGUAAUUAUAAUCGUCAAAUGUUUAGCACACCAUUAGCAUCAUUAACACCAACAACAACAACAAGUACUACUUCUACACCGACCAUUGUUUAUGCUCAACCAGUUGGUUCGCAAGAAGAUUCACAGGAAUUAUUUUCCAAUAACCCCAGAAAACCUAUAAAUACUUAUAAACCUCCACAUUAUCCCUCCACAAAUCGUCAAAAUCAUACAAGACACCUAAACACUUGGACACCCAUUCGACCUGUAGAUAUACCCAGGCAUGAUUUAAUGCCUCCCCAUCAGGGUCAAAAUACAGUUUACACUAACACUCGUGUGCCAGUAAUCACACAGCUUAUGCCUCCCAACCAACAACCUCAGCCGCAACCUUCUCCACAAUAUCCGGGCAGACCUCAAAUUUAUAGGCCAGCAACACAUUUCAUGCCUCCCUUUAAUCAUGAUGAUUCAGGUCAAAAACCUCUACCAGAUUCUGACUUUAAAUUAACCACUAUAAAUAUUGAUCAACUUCCGGGUCAAAUAUCUUAUAAUCUAAAUGAUUUUGAUAAAUUACCCUCAUCUUCUUCAAGGCAUAAUAUUAAUGAUAAUUCUAAUUUAUAUGGUGGUCUACAGCCCCCAUUAUCCGAUACACUAACCACAACCACCGCUAGAACUUUUUUAGAUCCAUACCAACCAACCACCCAGGUACUUCAGCCUCCGGGAACCAUUACGCCCACAAGACCUAUUUCAGGCUACCCACAACUAUCCAAUGCCACCAUACAAUCAUUUCCCCAUCAACCCCACUACAGUCCACCCUAUGCCGAAGUAACUCAUUCACGUAAUACUUCCUGGGUGGGUAGAAAAAUUCCCCAACAUUCGGCCAUUAAACCCACCUAUAGGGAUUCCUUGAAUUCGGAAAAUACUAAUGUCAAAAUAACCAGUACUCCACCACCCCAAUACUAUGGCCUUAAUCCUCCUCCUUAUGCCAAUAGCGAACAUGAAGAGAAUGACCCUAACCCUGACACCCAAGACCAAGAACUAGCCAUGAAAGCGGCUUUAAAACUUUUAUUAAAACCCUAUCUCGACUCUGAAAGUAAAGUAGACGAUAGUGUAGCCGAAAUGGCUCAAUCUCAUAUAAUGAGCUUAGUUUCCACCACAACGACCACUACUCAUAAACCACUACCAUCCAAUAAAAAUACUCUUGUUCCUACCACAACACCCCAUCAAGAAGAUGUUGAACUUAUACUUGCAGGUGAACAACACAAUCUAGUAGGUGUUACUACCACAAAUACGGGUACUCAUGAAACAUCAACAUCUUACAAUCUCCAUCAGACACCCUUACAAUCUGAACGUUCAAGUAUGAAACCAUUAACAUACCCUCAUGAACAUAAUACCAAUUGGCACAGGCAUCAUUCACAUGAUCCGCAUCAUUUUAAAUAUCAACAUACUCGCGAAUUCCAUGAGAAACAUCCCAAUUUACCAAAUCCUUUUGAUGUUACCACUACUCCCAUAAGUUCCUAUAAUUCUCGAGCAGAGGCUACUACUACUACUCAGAGAAAUUAUGAUUUUGAUUUAAGAGUUGGCGGCAAUUGUCCAUUUGAUUGUGGCAAUGGAAAAUGCGUGGAGCAGCAUCAGGUCUGUGAUGGUGUCAAUAAUUGUGGAAAUCGUAAGGAUGAACAACAAUGUCAGCACUUGGGUUACGAAUUACGUUUAACGGGAGGUCAAAGCUCCAAUAUGGGGCGAGUAGAAGUCAAAAUUCUUGGCAAAUGGGGUUACGUUUGUGAUGAUAAAUUCGGUUUACCCGAUGCUGAUGUUGUAUGCCAUGAGUUGGGCUUUAAAAUGGGAGCCAUGGAAGUACGUGGCAACUCGUAUUAUGCCCCCUCUGAUGUUAAUUUAUACUUUACCAUGGAUGAGGUUGAGUGUAAGGGCAACGAAACUUCCUUAAGGGAAUGUGAUUUCAAGGGAUGGGGUGUUAAUAACUGUGGACCCGAUGAAGUAGUGGGUGUUGUGUGUAAAGUACCCAAACUAAAGUGUCCCGAUAAUUAUUGGUUGUGUAGCACCUCCAAGGAGUGUAUACCAACGGCUUUCUUGUGUGAUGUAACUCCCGACUGUGAGGAUGGUUCGGAUGAAAGUGAGCAAGUUUGUAAUGCUCCUAUUAAAUAUCGUUUGGAAGGUGGUCGCAGCUCUAAUGAGGGACGUCUGGAGGUAUUUUAUCGCGGAGAAUGGGGCACUGUUUGUGAUGAUGAUUUCGGUUUAAAAGAGGCUCAAGUUGUUUGUAAUUCCUUUGGUUUUUAUGGCAAAGCGGAAAUCGCUAAGAACAUUUAUGGUCCUGGCAGUGGACCCAUUUGGUUGGACCAAGUAUCUUGUCUGGGUAAUGAGACCAAGAUUGAUGAAUGUAAUCACUGGUCUUGGGGUGAAAACAAUUGUAAUCAUACAGAGGAUGUAGGACUUAAAUGUUUGGCAGGUCCCAAGCCAAUUCCCUCAAAACCAAAUACUUCCAUAACAGCACCUAAAGCUGAAGAUCUAGAAUCUACUUUACAAUUUGAACAAUCCGAUUUAGAUGAUUUGGGUUUGUACCAGGGACUCUGGCAACGUUCUAGUAAAGCAGUGCACAGUCAAAAGAAAUGUGGACAUUUCAAGUCGAAUCUGGUAGAUGAAUACGAUCAUCCCGAGGAAAGAGUUGUUAAUGGUAGUAUAGCCAAAAGAGGACGUCAUCCCUGGCAAGCAACUAUACGCACCCGGGGACGUGGAGGCAUAUCGAGUCAUUGGUGUGGUGCGGUAAUCAUUUCAAAGAAACUAAUACUUACUGCAGCUCAUUGUUUGGCGGGCUAUCCCAAGGGAUCGUAUUUCGUGCGCAUGGGUGAUCAUUAUGCAAAUAUAGCCGAAUCAUCAGAAGUCGAUUCGAAUAUUGAAAAUUGGUAUAUCCACGAAAAAUUCCGUGAUCAAAAGCAUAUGAACAAUGAUAUUGCCUUGAUAUUACUCAAGAAUCCAGUACGUUUCAAUGACUAUGUACAACCCAUAUGUUUGCCCGAAAAGGGUGCAACUUUGGAGACAAAUCGUUUGUGUACGAUAUCAGGCUGGGGUUCUAUUAAAUCGGGAACAUCAACUCCUUCCAAUAUUUUACGUUCUGCUCAAGUGCCCGUAUUGGCCGAUGAUGUUUGUCACCAGAAAAAUGUUUAUGCCAAUGCCAUGACCGAAGGCAUGUUUUGUGCUGGAUUCUUGGAUGAAAGCGCUGAUGCUUGUGAUGGUGAUUCGGGUGGACCUUUAGUCUGUUCUGAUGAGGAUGGUGAAACUUUGUAUGGCAUCAUUUCAUGGGGCCAACAUUGUGGUUAUGCCAAUCAUCCUGGUGUUUAUGUGCGUGUGGAGAAAUAUAUUGAUUGGAUUUAUGACAAAAUUAAUCUGAUGAUGCAGCAAGGCAAGCUUUAGUAUAAUUUAAUUUGAAUGGGAUCUAAACUCGAAUUUUAUUAAAUCUCGAAAUAUUGUUUAAAAUAAGUUUAGUUUGUAGUAAUUUGUAAUGCCAAAAAUUAAAGACAAUUAAUAGAAAACUAUUUUAUUUAAAAGAAA